AUGGUCCCCGAAGACAGGGCCAAGUGCUGGAGCUGGGCAGCAGGCGAGGGCCCCGCCUGGGAGCCCCGGAAACCCCACGUUCCCUGGGGCCGUGUCCUGGCCCAGGACCCCCGGGGAGGCCACGACCAGGUGGACGGGCAGAUCCUGGGCCAGCUGCGCACCCUGGCAGAGGAGGAAGAGGAGGAGGAGGGGGCUGGGGCCAGCUCGCCCCCGGGGGCCGCCUGCCCUGGCAUGGGCUCCGAGGAGCUGCGGCUGGCCUCCUUCUAUGACUGGCCCCUGACUGCGGGGGUGCGGCCCGAGCCGCUGGCCGCUGCCGGCUUCUUCCACACCGGUCAGCAGGACAAGGUGAGGUGCUUCUUCUGCUACGGGGGUCUGCAGAGCUGGGAGCGAGGAGACGACCCCUGGACUGAACACGCCAAGUGGUUCCCCAGGUGCCAGUUCUUGCUUCGGUCGAAAGGAAGAGACUUUGUGCACAGCAUCCAGGAGUCUGGCUCCCAGCUGCUCGGCCCCUGGGACCUGUGGGAAGAACCGGAAGACACAGCCCCCGCCAGCCCCUCUGGUCCUGUGCACCAGGCCCCUGAGCUGCUCACACCCAGAACAGAGCCCUGGCUUGAAAGCGCCCGGGAACCAGGUGCAGGAGCUGGGGCCGUGGCCAUGGAGGAGCAGCUGCGGCGGCUGCAGGAGGAGAGGACGUGCAAGGUGUGCCUGGACCAGGCCGUGUCUGUCGUCUUUGUGCCGUGUGGACACCUGGUCUGCACCCAGUGCGCCCCCAACCUGCACCUGUGCCCCAUCUGCCGGGCCCCUGUCCGCAGCUGUGUGCGCACCUUCCUGUCCUAGUGGGGGACGAAGCUGCAGCUCCCCAGGAACCUGACGCUUCACUGCCUUCUGCGCCGCUGUGGGCUGCUGCCUGACACCUGCCCGUGUCCGCCUGUCCCAGGGUCUGCACCGGACAGCCGGGCCGGUGUCGCCCAGCACCCUCACUCCCGGCCUCAGCACAGGAAGCCACGGGGGCUUUUCCUUUCCCAUUUGGAUGCUUUGGGCGAAGAAUAAAAGUGCCGGCUUCCCCAGGA